ACCCACUACCGGACAGACGGGAAGAGAGUUCACGGUAAACGGACACAUACCUCCGUGGGAGAGUUUUUCAGCCGCGAGGAUCAACGCGAGCAGCACCGAGGCGUUUCGGCGACGCGACACGGUCACCCGCAGCGGGCUCGCGCUUCUCUCCCUGAACCACCAGUCAAAGUUUGUUUUGCGUGGGAAAAGUCGAGCGGAACUUGACGAACUGCCGACAGAAGUUUCACGAUGACCGGUGCAGAACGGGCAACCUGAGGUGCGUUAAACGCGACGUGAGUUUAUUUGUGCGCGCGUACGAGCGCGGUACUUCAAUGCGCCUUUCCUGCUAUUCUUUUGCCGCGAGCGCUUCCUGCUCGAGCCAACCACAGCGACAGCUAUAAAUACAGACGCUCUCUGGGUCUCUUGUCGAAGAUAUCGACGUGCGCGAGCGAGCGUGUAUAACGUAACUCUUUGAAGUCGUUUUAAAGUGCGCGGCCCGAAAAGUGAACGAAUGAACGGCGUCACCCGGGCUACACUUCAGUGUCCGUCCGAUCGAGUUCGGCGUCUGAUGGACGCGCGCGCGCGCUGAUGAUCCGGGCGUACAGAGAUCCCACCGUCAUCCCCAGCGCCCCGUGAAGCGUCAUGGAGCCGCUGAAGAACAUUUUCUCCCGUGGCCCUCUGUCCACCUGGAAGAGUCUGGAACAGAGCCAGAGGGGAAACUUCACGAACCCGGUGUGGACCGCGCUCUUCGACUACGAGGCCUCGGGAAAGGACGAGUUGACGCUCCGUAAGGGAGACCUGGUGGAGGUCCUGUCUCUGGAUUCGGAGAUCUCGGGUGAUGAGGGCUGGUGGGCGGGCAAGGUCAACAACAAGGUGGGAAUCUUCCCCUCCAACUAUGUCUCCUUCAAACCUGCUGCCGGCGUGGUGGUGAGCGAGUUGGAGCCAGACGCGGUGGACUUCAAUGAGCUGAGCUUAGAAGAGGUCAUCGGGGUGGGCGGUUUUGGGAAGGUGUACCGGGGCACCUGGAGGGGCGGGCUGGUGGCUGUCAAGGCCGCCCGGCAGGACCCGGACGAGGACAUCAGCGUCACAGCUCAGAGUGUCCAGAACGAGGCCAGACUCUUCGCCAUGCUCCGGCACCCCAACAUCAUCGCGCUGAAGGGCGUGUGCCUGCAGGAGCCCAACCUGUGUCUGAUCAUGGAGUACGCCUUGGGCGGGCCGCUGAGCCGCGCUCUGGCCGGCCGCCGGAUCCCUCCGCACGUGCUGGUGAACUGGGCCAUGCAGAUCGCCCGUGGGAUGCUCUACCUCCACAGUGGGGCCAUUGUGCCCGUCAUCCACCGAGAUCUCAAGUCCAACAACAUUCUGCUGGCCGAGCCUAUCGAGGAGGACGGCAUUGAGGGAAAGACUCUGAAGAUCACAGAUUUCGGGCUGGCAAGAGAGUGGCACAAGACCACGAAGAUGAGCACAGCGGGCACGUACGCAUGGAUGGCACCUGAGGUCAUCAAGUCCUCCACCUUCUCUAAAGGCAGUGACGUGUGGAGUUAUGGAGUGUUGUUGUGGGAGUUGUUGACAGGUGAAGCUCCAUACAGAGGAAUUGAUGGUCUGGCGGUGGCUUACGGAGUCGCUGUGAAUAAACUGACUCUUCCCAUUCCAUCCACCUGUCCUGAACCCUUUGCUCAGCUCAUGUCCGAGUGUUGGGAUCAGGAUCCUCACAGGAGACCCAGUUUCAGUUCUAUACUGGACCAGCUGAGCGCUCUGGAGCGGCAGGUUAUGGACGAGAUGCCUCCGGAGUCGUUUCAUUCUCUUCAGGAGGACUGGAAGCUGGAGAUUCAGGACAUGUUUGAUGAACUCCGAGCUAAAGAGAAGGAGUUGCGUUGUCGUGAGGAGGAGCUGAAGCGAGCCGCUCUGGAGCAGAAGUGUCACGAAGAGAUUCUCCGUCAGCGGGAGCAGCAGCUGGCUCAGUGGGAGCAGGACGUGUUUGAGCGAGAACUUUCACUUCUCAUUCUCCAUCUCAACCAGAACCACAAACCCAACGUCAAGAAACGCAAAGGAACCUUCAAGAAACACAAACUCAAGGUGAAGAACGGAGAGAAGAUCAGCAUGCCACAGGAUUUUAUUCAUAAGAUCACAGUUCAGGCCUCUCCGUGUUUAGAGAAGAGACGGAACUCUCCAGAUCUGGGCUCGCCGUCCAUUGGGCCGCGCUUCCGUGCCAUACAAUUGCCGAGUGACAGUCGCUGGAGUUCAGUUUGGCCUGCGGAGCCUCUUCCACUCAAGCAGUCGAAUGGUGAGAGGAGGUUUGCUACUCCACAUCUGAGUCCUAAAAGUCCUAAAAGUCCAAAGAUUCUCAGACUCAGUACACCAGAAAGCAGUCUGUCCAUGAGAGCCAAACUUCUAGAUAUGAACAGUAAUGAAAACCAGGAUUCUAAAGCAGAUUUUGAGGAAUAUAUACCCAUCACACUGGAAUCCAACCACAACGGUUCUGAGAGCGAGGAAGGAGGUUGGUCCCCCUGCGGCUCUCCCAAGCUGGAUCACCUCGGACCGCCAUCUCUCACUAAGAACACACACCGCGCUCUGCUCAGUAGCGCCACCCUGCUGGCGUCCGUGGCUCUGGGCCACUGUCUGGAGCCUCAGCACCCCCCCACACCGCCCCCGCGGGCCUCCUCCAGGACUCACCUGCCCGCGCUGGAUCUGGAACCGGAGCGAGCCGCCGAGCCAGAGGUAGUGGGAGAUCUGAUCACAUUCAGCACGGACUCUCUGCCGCGAGGUUUCCUGGAUGCGUUCAAACCGCCUGAGGUGAAACCGUUACAUCUCACCCCCCCGCCCCCUAACCCCAGAGAGAGACGGACUCGCCGCACGCCCCACCACAGUCCUGGAGACGGGACGCUGAACGGAGAGACGGCUGUUGAGGUGUGGUGUCAGGAUGGCGAGGGUAGUAGAAGACCCACUUCUCAGCUGGUGUUGGAUCUUCCUCUGUGUCAAGACACGUUUGAGACUGAAGACAGAUCUCUGGUGUAUCCAGACCUUCGUCUGUGGAGUCCCCAACCGCAUCUUCUGGAGGUGAACAUUGUCCCUCGCCCGCGUCCCUCGCCCCUCCGGCCUCGCAUCGACCCGUGGAGUUUCAUAUCCGCCGGCGGGAUGGACAGAGCGGGCGCGAAGAAACCGGUUUCAUCCAGUAGCCCCGCCAGCCCUCGACUGGGCCACCAUCAACCCUCUCCUACCAAUCCAUUCACAAACUGUGACCCGUUCCCUUCUCCAGACUCUGACCCCUUUCAUCUAAAGGCGGACCCUUCCAUGAACUCUGACCCCGCCUCCACCUUCGACCCAUUCUCUGCCCCCUUCCCCACGUCACGCUCUGCUCCCUGCUCCACAAACGGAAGCCCAAAUCUCUCUGUCAGGGUUGAGUUUCCCCUCAUGGACCCGGGCUGGGCGGCUGCAAACAAGCCUCUAGACGCUGCCAAAGAGAGGAUUCAUCCUCGACGGACCCUCGGCCUCAGCCCUUUCAAAACCCCCACUCAACACAGAGACGACCGGUUCUGAACCCAUAAAGUGCAUUCUGGGAAGGAUUUACUACGUCACGUGCUGUCACAUCUGGACGUGUGGAGUAAGUUGUAGAGUCAAUUGUGUUUUACACUUCAUUUGCGAGGAUCUGAAUUCAGCUCCGACAUCAUAUAGAAUUCAUUCCAGGUGCUCGCCGAAGAAAGACUGAAACGUCCAAAUCCUCUACGAGCAGCAAGAAUGACUUCUUUUCCAAAAACCCCGCAGCACUCGGACAAGCAAAAGUGUGUUCUUCUGCUCAGACCCUGACCGGGCGCUAAGCACUUUUCCACAUUAAACGCUUCCACAACGAUGACCUUCGGUUGAUAUAUAGUAAAUUGGAUUUAUUAAACAGACAUUCAUCAUUUCUUCCCUUUCAUGUCAUGUCAACCCGAUUGACUUCAUUCUUCCGCCAAACACAAAAGAAGAUAUUUUAUACGAAAAGAAAACCACUGAGACAUUUCUCAAAAUAUCUUCUUUGGAGUUUCACUAAAGAAAUACUUAUAAACGAGAGCUGAGAAAACUGUCCCUUUAAGCUACGACACAUGGAUGGAAACAUCAUCUCUCUUUACGCCGCUGUGUUUCGGCGGGUUUCCUUGACUUUCUGCAUCAUCGGCUCUUCUGAAAGAGAGUGAUGAAACACUCGCGGUCAAUGAUCAAAGAAUACGAAUCUGGUUAAGACCGCGUUGAGUAUGGUUCCGCUUCCGAGGACACUUUGACUUCAGCAUCAUCAUACUCCGCGUAGAAAAUGAGAACCAUUUGAAAAGCUAUUGAUAUUUAUUCAUGCUCUUACACACUGGAUUCAAGACAUUCAGAGACAUGCGCCAUGACGGAGGAAAUAUCACAUUUCUGUUUGCCAUUUCUCUGGAGUCUGUUGUAAAUUUAAGGGUGCUGCAAAAAGACAGUUUUGUGUUUUUGCCAUACUAUUAAAGGAGCCUUAUGUAAUCAAUUAUAAAUUAAUAUAUUCGUAGACAUUUGGGAAGCAUGCGAAGUUCAUGUAUUGGCUUGUCCAAAAAACAACGCUAUAGCCACUUAUUCCACUCUGAAAUGUGCCGGAAUGUGUGAUUUUUGUGUGUUUUUGUUUUGGUCCGUGUGACUCUGCCCACUGACCAUUUACCCUGUAGUGUGUUUUGACCGCUCGGUUGCCAGUUGGCAACAAUCACUGCAUGUUGCAGCAAACAAACAAUCUGGUUCAGAGUAGAUUCCAUCCUUUCCGGUACUAUUACGUUGCAAACUUCGAAAGAAUUACUAUAUUGUUUGACCACCAGUGUUGUGUAAAUUACUCUGAAAAAGUCAUUAAUUACUAGUUACUUAUGACAUCAAUAGUGUAAUUGGAUUACUGUACAAAUUACUCUCACAAAAAUGUAUUUAGUUACUUAUUACUAAUUAAUUUCUAUUCCUUGAUGAGUUAAGUUAUUUAAGGUUAGACAUGAAACGACUCUUAAUUCUUUAAAAAAAAAGUAAAACAACAUAAAGUAAUCUUAUUUACUGACCGAAGUAUUACAAAUGUGAGAAUUAUAUAUUAAAGCAUGCAUUUUAAAGUUAGAAUUUAGAUGUCAAUUCCACUAUUGCACACACAUAUAUUACACAAAGUAUUUAGUUUAAUUAUUUAGUAAUCCCUUACUUUACUUUUUCGAGGGAAAGUAAUUUAAUUACAGUAUCCAACUACUUAGUAACUAGCUACACCCAACACCGUUUACAACUUACGAGGAGUAAUAUACAAUUUUAUUACGGUUAUUUAAAUGCGACCUCUGGAGGACGCAACCUCUGUUAUGAGCUGCUGAUUGAGUUAUAUUAGCAACAACAUAACCACUGCAAACGUAUAAAUGAUCAGAUAAAUGUACAGUGUAUACUCAACUCAACUCAACUUUAUUUAUAUAGCGCUUUUUACAAUUUUCAUUGUUACAAAGCAGCUGUACAUGAGACACAUUUAAUACAAGUAUGAAUUCUAAAGCAGCCCCCCCGGCCAGGCAGAUAGUGCAAAAUAAUAUGCAAAUGGUGGUGAGGAACCCAAAACUCCCAUCGAGAAAAAAAAACUCAGGGGAACCCAGGCCCAACCAGGGGAUUCCAGUUCCCCUCUGGCAAAAGCUGCUGCCUCUGCACAAGCUCAACAGUGCUUGCACAACAAGGCUUAGUAAAAAUAUAUAUAGUAUAAAGUAUAAAAGUAUAGCCCGUCGCACAUGUCCGAAAUGUCCGCACGUUAAAAAACAACUACAACCUCACGUUCUGUCAAUCAGAUUUGCACACCAUCUCCGAUAUUUUCGUCCUUCAUAAAAAAAAUUCACAGGGUUCGAUUUUCUGCAUUUUUCACAUACAUGGCAAGCAUUUUGACCAUUUUUUUUAUCAAUUCAGAGACGACAUACAAACGAGCCACAAAUACAAAAAAAAUGCAUACGAAAAUUUUGUACUGUAUACGCACGCUGGAGUCAAUGCGGUCCUAAAGCACUCCUGUAAGUGUCUGAGGAGGUGCGGGAUGUGGAAAACCCUCACCAAUAUUGUGAAUUUGGACUGCAGUACCAAGCUCAACCGCUAGGUGUUGAUGUUACAUACGGCUCCUUUAAGUAGAAAAUAUAAAUAUAUAACACAGAGACUCAUAUACACCAGAAUGACUAGUUGUGAUGUGCUUCCUGCUUUAGACGUUUUCUCGAGUCAUCAGAAGAAAAACACUCCACACCGUUCUGUUCACUACUGUCAGAGCACUCGUCUCUUUUGACAUUAUUAUUAUUUUUAUCUUCAUGUGUUUAUUUGUCAUUGUAGACUCAUAUUUAGUUCUGCUGAAGCCCUCAUAACAACUCUUGUGUUCUUUUACUGUUAUAUUAAGUCAUUCUCUUUUUUUCCCUCUUUGUCUUGCUUCGUUUUCUUUCAGUGGGCUGGGCCUAAUUGCGUCGUUCCUUUGUGUUUUAGGUGCGUGUAUGUUUGUCGUAAUGACAGACGUUGCUAAUUGUAAUGGGGUUUAACCUGUGGAAAAGAGAAUAAAAAAAUCCAUUUCAUUUUGA